GAAGGGGAAGGUCCCAGCGGUGGCUGAUUCAGGUCCCGGGGUCUGCACACUGGUCGCCUCAGGGUGGGGGAGGGCGCCCGGAGCGCGUGAAGAGGGUGUGUGGGAUGACUGGCCGAUACCAGAGGGGUCCUGAGCGUGUCCCCAAGGGUCCUCGGAGUGUCAGGGGCCCCUCGGGGCGAGUCAGUCCUCUCCCUCCUUGGCUUUAGGUGAACCUCCGCCCCCCCCCCCCUCCGGGCCGCACGAGGCCAGCGAUCAGGGGGUAAGCGGAGUCCGCACGGGACCAGGGGGCACCUCCCGGUUCCCCGAGACACCUGCCUCGCCCUGACCCCCAGUGCCCUGAUCGCGCACAACCGUCCGUUCAGCUACAGGCCCAUCGGCCUGGGUUGUUCAAUUGUAAAAGAUGUUGUGCUUUAGAAACCACCCCGGGACUGACGCGGUGGUGCGCAGACAUUCCCUAGUCACUCCGAGUGUUGCGUCGUUUUUGUCCAGGGAAUAUAUGUAGUGGGUGCUUUGUACUGACGGAAGUGGAGUGUUCACCUGCCCCCUUACCUGCCUCAGGUGUGCACCUGGCUGGGCGGUCCCUGCCCUGAGAGGCGGGGCCGAGCAGAGAUCGCCCUUCCUCUUCCUGGGCAGGUGACUGCAGCUCGAGGGGCUCGGCGAGGACCAGGCUCGGGGGUCACAAUGAAUAAUCCCAUACCUUCCAAUUUGAAAUCAGAAGCAAAAAAGGCGGCUAAGAUUCUAAGGGAAUUCACAGAAAUAACUUCCAGAAAUGGACCUGAUAAGAUCAUUCCUGCCCAUGUCAUUGCUAAAGCCAAGGGCCUUGCGAUUUUGUCUGUGAUAAAAGCUGGAUUUCUGGUGACUGCUAGAGGAGGCAGCGGGGUCGUGCUGGCACGUCUUCCCGACGGAAAAUGGUCUGCACCUUCAGCCAUUGGCAUAGCUGGGCUUGGUGGAGGAUUUGAAAUAGGAAUUGAGGUAUCAGAUUUGGUAAUAAUUUUGAAUUAUGACAGAGCAGUAGAAGCUUUUGCAAAAGGUGGUAACCUGACACUUGGAGGAAAUUUCACCGUGGCGGUUGGGCCCCUGGGAAGGAAUUUGGAAGGAAAUGUCGCCCUGCGGAGCUCGGCCGCCGUGUUUACCUACUGCAAGUCCAGAGGACUCUUCGCCGGCGUUUCCUUAGAAGGCAGUUGUUUGAUUGAAAGGAAGGAAACUAAUCGAAAAUUUUAUUGUCAAGACAUCCGAGCUUAUGACAUUUUAUUUGGAGAUAUACCACAGCCUGCUCAAGCAGAAGAUCUUUAUGAAAUUCUUGAUUCCUUUACUGAAAAAUAUGAAAAUGAAGGACAACGAAUCAAUGCAAGAAAAGCAGCGAAGGAACUGAGGAAGUCUGCUGCUAAAGAAUUACCUCUGAAACCAUCAUCUAGACCACAGCAAUCAUCUGCACAAGUCCUGCCAAACUCUGGCUCCCAAAGCAAUUUGAAUCAACCCAUAGAAGUGACAGCACUGUAUUCUUUUGAAGGACAGCAGCCGGGGGAUUUGAACUUUCAAGCUGGAGACAGAAUCACGGUUCUAGCAAAAACAGAGUCUCAUUUUGAUUGGUGGGAAGGAGAGCUUCGAGGUCAAACUGGCAUUUUUCCAGCCAACUAUGUUACCAUGAACUAGAGUUUAUGUUGUUUUCUUCUUCGAGAAUUAUAAAACAUUUAUUUCUACACUAACACUUAACUGGAUUAACUAUCCAGUUAAGCAAUGUUUAAUGUCAGUUUAAAAAUAUUUCUCUUUAUUCCAUAAACUUUUAUCCAGUAUAUAAAAGAUUAUUUUCUAUCAAUAAGUGGUUAACGUAUAUAUCUUUAAAUACUUUGUACUCAUUUUCUCACAUAUGCUAUUUAAGAGUUAAUAUCAUCCAGUUCACCUGAUCACACCCCUUUAAUGUUAGAUUUCAAACAUCACUAAACAUGGAGAACUAAGUAUGUGGGAAUUGCCUAUUGGAAUUUGAGAAUCUUAAGGGUAGGGGCAUGAAUACCAAUUCAUGUAUUUGCAAAGUGACUAGAGAAGAGAAAUCAGCUUAAUGAUUCUUGUUGUAGGUAUGAACUAGAUAUAUGAAUCCUUUAAAAUAGUCUUUAUUUCUUCAAAAAUUGCUUGUAUGUUUAUUGAUAGCAGAAAGCUGCUAUUGUAAAGAAGUCCAGCUGUUCUGCGUUCCACAAAGAUGAUGUUAACUUUUCUUCUGUAUGAGGUUGUUUGUGCACUUCUAGAAGGAUCGACUUAUGUUGACAUGGCCCAGUUGUUCCUAAAUAAAUGUUUUUUACAUGAUAAGUCAA